UAGAAAAGCCCAGAAGCUCGGUGAACGAAGAAGAACAUUCUGGAGUCUAUACCCAUACCACAUCCCCUCAUCACAAACACAAAACAUAUCAUUAAAAUUUGAAACUACAACAUUAUAAACAUCAACAAAGUUCAUAACUUCUUCAACUACUUUUCUUCUCUUGUCUCUUUUCAUUGUACUAGAAUAAGAGUAUCAAAUCAAUGGCUGAGACUAUCUUUGGGCACCCUUUUAGACGUUUUUUCUUAGGACAUCCUCCAAUUUUGGGAAAUUCAACAGCACUCUUGGAUUGGCUUGAAUCCCCAACUUCUCAUAUCCUCAAAAUCAACGUUCCAGAAUUUGCAUGGGAAGAACAACAAAGAUGUUUACAAGUUGAUUUGGAAAUGGGUUGGUCCGGAAUGACUUCGUUGUUUCUUGUGGAAAGUGGCACAAGAUUGCGUACUAGUAUCAAUCGAGUUCGAAGAGGUAUGACAUCUACUCCAAUUUGUGCUUAUUAUGAUACUAGUGAUGAGUCUAUUAUGCACGUUCUUAGUGAUUUUUUAUGAUCACUUGAUAUGUUUGGGAUUCAAUUUCGAAUAGUCAUUUGCAACCUUAAAUUUAGACUGAUGAUAUUCUCAACUAGAUUAUUAGUAAUUUUCGUGAAACUUGUAUUCGUGAUAAAGAUAAUUGGUCCACAAUAAAACAAGUAUAUAUUCCGGAAUGUAGUUUCUCAUAUAUAUAUGUUCAUCAUUGGUUUUAACCAUCAAUUAGUUUUUUUGGUGUCAUGUAAUACUUAUAACAGGAAUAUGGUUCCUUUAGGUCAUUAAGCUCCACUAGUACUUUGUAUUUUGUGCGGCGUGUACCUAUUCGUGGUUGUGUGAAGCUUAAUAGUGACGAUGUUGUCACCACUCAUUGUUCUAUUGCAGUGUGUGGUGGAGUGGUGCAAUAUGAUUAUGGUAGAUUUUUGGUAGGGUACUCUUAUGAUAUUUUUGCUCGUAAUGUUGUCAUGGUGGUGUUUUGUAGUACUCUUUGUGACAUUCAACUUAUUGUUAAUAGAUUAUUUGCUAAAGUUGAGAUUGAUUGACA